AUGAAGAAGCCCAACGAUGGAGAUGAUCCGAAGCUGAUACACGUCAAGGAUGGAAUCCAAUGGAGAGCGUUGAACGGCUUUUAUCGGUAUUUCAAGUGUGAUGCAAGGAACAUCAAAGAGAGGAAGAACGCUCGACGCCAUGGCGGUUCCAAGCAUGGACGUCAGUCAAUCGAUCGAGGAAGAGAUGCCGGAUUUCUUCUUCUGUGGGACGACUACUUCAAAGAAGUCCCUCGCUUUCCCGAACAUUUGUUUCGACGAAGAUUUAGGAUGUCGCGUACUUUGUUCAACCGCAUAGCUGAUGGUAUACUUGAGCAUGACUAUGAUGAUUAUUUUACACAAAAAAGAAGUGCUUCUGGAGCUCUUGGGUUAUAUCCUUUGCAAAAGAUCACCGCGGCGAUGCGGAUACUAACAUAUGGAGUAGCAGCUGAUUAUGUUGAUGAGUACAUCCGGUCCGCUGAGUCUACAAAUUUAGAGUCUUGCAAGAAAUUUGUGAUCAAAAUUUGUGAAGUUUUUGGGGAAAAGUACCUGAGAUCUCCAAAUGAAGAAGACAUUGCUAGGUUACUUGCAAUAGGGGAGGAAAGAGGAUUUCCCGCCGAAGGCCAAACUCCUCCAGUGAAUUAUAGCAUCAAUGACCAUCAGUACACAAUGGGGUAUUACCUUGCAGAUGGUAUCUAUCCACGGUGGGCAACAUUUGUGAAGAGCAUACCAGCUCCAACUAGCAGAAAGCAUAAAACUUUUGCCAAGAAGCAAGAGGGGGCUAGGAAAGAUGUGGAACGAGCUUUUCGAGUUCUGCAAUCCCGUUUUGCCAUUGUUCGUGGACCUGCUAAAGGAUGGAAACGUAAAGAAAUCACUGAUGUCAUGAAAGCUUGUGUCAUAAUGCACAAUAUGGUAGUUGAAGAGGAGCGACAAACUGGUCGGCAAAGCUGCACUUUUGAGGCAAUGGGAGAAAGAGUCACAGUCUCUCGUACUCAUGCGGAAGAACUGAGCUCUUUUAUUCAGAUGACUCAUCGGAUUAGAAAUUUCGAUGAACAUGGUCAGCUUAAACUUGAUCUAAUUGACCAUGUGUGCCAAAAGUUUGGAAACGAGUAA